AUGGCGGAAUUCCUACCCCUUUGCGAUGUUCUAUUCAACGUCAUAUCCUUGGCUGGAUAUUUCUGCGACGUUGUAUUCGACCUCGUAAUGGGUUAUGCGCUUCUUGAGAGAGGCUACAAAUGUACAUUUGCUGCUACUAUUUCUAUAGUCAUUACUUCCCUUCUCAUAUCGCAGGUGCUUUCAAUUCGUUGGUAUCUACAUAUGUGGUGGGCGAGUGAAGAUCGUAAGGAUCGGCCGCCCUGGUUGCCAAUAUUGGUUCAUUGCUUGCAAAUGGGUGUUCUCUGGCGCUAUGCAAGAUUGUUAGUACCAGUUGAGCUGAGACGGGUUAAACAUCAAGUUAGGGAUUUAUGUAUGUUACGUUUGGUUCACGCCUUCUGCGAGGCGGCUCCGAUGCUGCUUUUACAAAUACACAUCUUACUUAAAAAUGCUGAUCUAGAAACAUCGAAUGAAUUGACACUUACAGAGCCCACUGUCGAUGAACCAUCAGCAAACAAAGCUUUCGCGGAUCUGAACGUGAUAUCAGCAUCGCUGUCUUUGUUUUCCGUGUGUUGGGCACUCGCUAGCUUCAGUAAAAACGUUCGUUUGCAGAACGUACAUCGCCUAGUAUUGACGUGGCUGGGAGUCAUUUUUCAGUUUCUUUGGCGUCUUGGCACCGUGUCAGCUAGGAUAUGUGCCUUAAGCGUUUUCGCUUUAGUGUACGAAUAUUGGGUGUUUCUAGUUAUAAGUCUACAUUGGAUAUCAAUGUUUUUAUGGUUGAUAUCACCAAAGAAUGUUUUCCACGGCGAACGAAUAAGUCGUCCACGUAAAGCUUAUUUGUCAGCGCUGAUAGCUUUUGUGUAUGUGUUCGCGUACAUUAAUCUUCAAGAGCACAAUCACAGACAGAAAAUGGUUGUGUUCUACUGUGUGAUGUGUGUGGAGAACUGUGUGUUGGUGACCGCGUGGUGGUGUUCGUGGCGCGGCUCGCUCCGUCCUCAGUCUAUAGCUGCUGCUGCAGCGGGCGCUGCUGCUGCUGGUCUAGCGUGUAUGCUGCUUUAUUACAGAUACUUCCACGUCCGUAGAUUAGGCUACAUGCUUGGCGAACAUCAACAGGGAACUAAUAGUACAAAUGCGUCGUCGCAAAAUAAAAAUGAGAAGCCAAAUCAGAACGACAACGCGACUAUACCGGGUGUUUUCAACUGUAGAUUUUCAAAUCCAGUUAAUAAUAGCGCAGCAAACGGUCGUAAGAAGAAAAAGCCGACGUCUUUCGUUCCGCCUCCCGCAGCGCAACCUGUAGCUUUUUGGAGAAGACCUCUUCCAACCGCACACAAUCAUCACGGCGGGUCUUCAGAAAACGAAGGAUCAAGCGUCGGCUCGCGUGUGAACAUUCAACAGAAGUUACAAGAAAAGAAACAAAAACAGCUAGCGGAGUUAAGGGUCAUAGAAGAAGAAAUAAAACAAGGGAAAUUGGCGAAGACUACUCCGGUAGCCGCUGAAGAAAUAUACAGCAGUCUGCAAAGACAGCCCAUACCUCGAGCAAAAACACACGCAGAGCCACCGGCGUGGCCUAGCAUAGAAAUGACGCACUCCUAUCAAAACUACCCCGUCCUACCCCACAACUGCAAUUACCCGACAUACACCGAAAUAAAACCGGAAUACAAUCAAAACUUCCAAGCAAACGAAAAAAUACAGAACAUAUACAAUCAAGAUUCUAGAUCAUUCUACGAAAACCCGGCGAAUUUACGCAACGAGGUGAACAGACAACUUAGAUCACCGAAUUACUUGGAAAGGAAGUAUGAAUCAAAUGUAUGCAUCAACAACAGCCCUAGGAAAUACAUAGAUAAUAACUACGACCAAACGAGAACAAAAUAUUCUGGAGAUCGACCGGAGUUUACUUACGAAGAUAAUCAAACUUACAAUAAAGAAGAAUAUUCCAUAAACGCUAUAAACGUGCAAGGAAUGUACGACUGUAGUCAAUACAACCAAAAUUGUGAGAGGUUCAGUUAUCUGGGCGGAAAAAUGGAACAUAUAAGGAAAGUCCAACGUUGUAGGACCCCUGAAAUAUUAUUGGCACCGCAUUAUUUAGAGGGAUGUAAUAGACAAUUCUGCAACUGGGCGCCUUACACUAAUAGGAAAAAGGAGGAAGUGCCGGGUGCUAGUACGGGUGCGAGUGUGGGUGUGGGUGCAAAUGUGGGUGCAGCCGUGGGUGCAUCGGGUGUGAACACGGCUGCAGUAGAAAGUAGCGAAGAAUCUGGCGACAAAAGGGAUACUCCGCGCCCUCCUAGUGAUAUCGAUAGUCAGAUAUCUCUUCCCCGUUCGUACACCCUGCCACGUGAGUUUCGUUACUGGCGCCGUCGUCCGCGACCCGCUCCGUCGAACAACAGCAGUGAUGGUGAUGUAGAUAGCGCUGAUAAUGAUAGUGAUCAUCGCUCAAACUGUUCCGCUGGCUCUCAAAUCCAGCCUCCCACAUACGGGGAAUUCCCGUAUGGGCCGAGACAUGAAUAUGACUACGCGUGCCCCGGAAGAAGGCGAAUACGGAAACAGGGACCCAAACCGGAAACUAAGCUGUAG